AAAAAAAGGCAACAGAAUCAGAUAACACAAUGUCAAUCAUGGAGCCAGCGUGGAAAAAGCAUAAGCCUGCUGACAGCGGUAAUACCCAGAGCUGCGUAUUUCGAGACGGACAUAUAAAGAGUGGGGCCUCGCCUGAUGAGGGCCAAGCCAAGGAGCUACGUGCAUUGGGAGUUUCUGAGGAGCAGCUAGUAAAUGACUUGAAGGAAAAUAACGCAGAGGUUUGGGCGUUUCAGGACAGCAUGGAUGAGAUGCUGUCGAGACUGGACGAAUUCUGCGAUGUUCUCGACGCAUUUCGCAGCCUUUCCUCCGAACUGCUGUCAUACCAAGUGCCCCUCAUCCUUGCCAAGGCAGCAGAAAUGAGAAGCAUCUAUACCCGCAUUGACAAGUUUGAGGCCUUUGUGCAAAUGGUGGGCGGCUGUGUGUCCACAUUGGAGCUGCAGGUGCAGCAGGUGGAGCGUGAACAGAAAAGAUUUCCCCGCAUGCUACACGGAAUGCUGCAGCCCUCGCAAAAGAUCUCACCAGACCACCAGAAAGAAGAAAUGCAGCAUCCCUUUGAACUACCAACACUCUUCAGGACUGAAGAAUGUUUUCCUCAAAAAUCCCAAGAAACAUGAUAUCCAAGGAACUCACACAGUUAUUGUCAACAAUAGUAAGAGAAUCUGUGUGGAGAAUGUAGACAGCUUAAGACAUUUUUGUUGGACUGGAAAAAAGCAGUUCAUUCAACAGUUCAUUCUCACUGCCAGAGUGAAAAUAUGACUUUAUGUUAAGUCCAUCAGCAGCUACUUUUGCCAGAAAAGUAUAGAAUUUUACAUUUUUGUGCUAACAAAAGUGCCAUUGGAACUUAUCAUAAUAGAGGUUUGGCAAGUGGGUUGU